GGAGCUUCACAACACUGUGAGAGUCCACUAUUACUUACACUUCAGAGACAAAGAAAUUGGAAAGAAAAUCAAGAAAUGAGGUAGUAUGAGAUUUAUGAUCUUUUAAACAUUCAGUCUGGGGGGCUGGAGGUUUAGCUCAGUGGCAUAAGCGCCUGCCUUGGAAGCAGGCAGUCAUGAGUUCGAUCCCCAGUACCGAUAAAAAGGAAAAAGACAAAAACAACAACAACAACAAAAAACAUUCAGUCUGGAAAAACUCAUUCCAAAAACUGCAGUGUUAUUUUGUAGUUCCAAAUAAGCCUUCUGUCUGUGUUACCCCAUGGCCUAUUUAACUGGUGGAGAAAUAAUUAUUCCUGUCUUAUCUAGCUGUAUUGAUUUCCCAUGGUCCCUUGCUAUUUUUGAGAAAUCUUUCUUUUUCUGGUUGCUAACAAUAAGCCUGUCUUCAAUAUCUGAGAUCCUGUCCUCACACUGGCCUAAUCUGCUUUGAAUACUUCCAAUGGAGUUUUUGUUCUCCUGUAUACCUGUAUAUCUGCUUGAAUCUGAUUUAUGGGUUCCCUUUCUUUCUUAUGCUGAUCUUCCAUAAUUUUCUUAAGCUCGCCUAUUUUUUUUUUGUCUGUGUCUUCUCUACAUCACUAAGUGUGGUAUGUAUUUUGGUAAUCUUUGUAGUUAUCUGAGAGAUUAUUUCUGAAUUCAUUUUUUUCCAGAGCCUCAUUCAAUUGCUUUGCUGUUUCAACUUUAGAGAAACCUUGUAGGAGGCUUUUGAAUUGUCCCACCUCAUUGUCCCUGGAUUUGCCUUUGGCACACUGGAUGUCUGGGACUGCAUUUUACUUAAGUGUCUUCUCAUUUUAUUAUCUCUCUCUUUUUAGAUUAAUUCCUGGGGUGAUGCUUGUACGUUGCCUAUGGUGGGUUGCUUUAUUGGUGGGUAGUUAGCAUCCUUGGGUGAUGGUUAUUUCUCUGAGAUAUCUUCCAGGUGUAGCUGGUUUUUGAGUUUUGAAUCUGUUGGAAGAUCUUACCUCUUCAGUUUGUUGGAGAUGAGGAGUUGUUGCUUGUUUGGGCCUACUCCUGGUUCUUUGGCACUGUGGCACAGUAUUUUCUGUGACCCUUAGUUAAUCUUAAUCAUGAAAUACCAGGACCAACAGCACCAACCAGUGCAGUCUUCCGCAUCUGCCCACUCCCCUCCAUUGCUGAGUCUCUCUGCAACGGCCUCCGGGGUCACCGGCCCUCACCUUCACGGUGACCUUGCUUCCCCAGGUUCGAACAGCUCCUCUGGCCGGUGAGUUCCUGUCUCUGCGAAGGAGCUGCUGGCUACUCCCUUCUUCUUCCUCGAAGUUUUUUUUCCCCACUCUUUCUGUGGGCUUCAAUUUGUACUUUAGAUUCUUCCUGGGUCCAAAGGACCCACUUCUUUCCUUUUUGUCUUCCUCACGGUGCUACAUUCCAGUGACUGGACAGUUACUCUCAGAGAGGCUGUUUUCCCUGCUGCUUAGCACCACCAUCUUCCCAGAAGUCCCUGGGGGGAGAAAUGGGGCAGCUUGGUGACAUCUUUAAGGGAGUGAGGGCGUGUGUGUGUGUGUGUGUGUGUGUGUGUGUGUGUGUGUCAAUACCAGCAAUCAAGUGUGACCCUCCACAUCUUCGCAGACCCUGCUUCCUGCUACUCUUCCCUCCAGUCGCGUCGCACCCUUGCUUUGUGUCGGUUUGUUGCUCUGAUUGUUCAGGCUAGACAGGUUCAUCCCAUGGGUAGGCUAUGAUAAAACCUCAAUCCCUAAGUCAGGCCUGGCACCCAAGGGGAAAUACUAAAUAAACAUUAGACAGUUUAAUGCUGACACGUGUGAACUCUGGCUAACAUAGGGAAACAAAUUUGUGCUGCAGACUGCUGGAACUCUUCAAGAUCAUGCCACUCAACUUGGUGAGGAGGCCGGUUAUGAGCUGGGGACGACAACACAUAGUCUUUCAUGCAGGAUGUCUGCUUUACCGAAUCUUGUCUUAUUUUCAUUCAUUGGCACUUUCUAGCUCUUGCUGAAUUCACAAUGUGGUAUAUGUGCUAUGUUGUUCUAACUUGUGCUAUUGCUUGACUCUCUCCAUGCCCAUUCUACCUGCUCUAGUUCCAUUCCCAUGAACUUUCUUAGUUUCCUAAUAGCACUCUGUGUAACCCUGGAAACUCCACGUACAACCAUCAUUCUUAAAGCCAUUGCUGCCUGCUAUGGUCUGAGCUCAACUGGCUCAUUCCUGGCCCAUUCUUGGUUUCUGGAAUCCUGUUUCAGAAAGAUCCUAACAUUCUGAAGAACUCAAAAUUUAAAAAUAACUAUGACAUGACUUUGGAACAAAACAGACAAUUUAAGUGGAAGCCAGUACUCCUAGUUAGUUAGACUAAGUGCCUAGUUCUUUGGAUAUUAAAUUGUGUCCUGAACCAUACAUUUCCUGGAAGGCAGGAAGACAGAUUGCAUUUGUAGAACUAAUUGUUCUUCUCUUUUCCUUUGAAAAGUUAAGAAUUUUAAUAGUGAGAGUUGUGUGAGUAUAAUUUAAGUGUUCAUCACUGUGUGUGUCUGUGUGUGUGUGUGUGUGUGUGUCCUCAGAGAAGUUUGUAUUAAGGACUUGUCUCUUGGAAACUGGGAAAUGAACUGCUGGAAUUCAGACCCAGGAUAUGGCUGGAUUCCAGAAAUAAAUACACAUGUUGGGUUUUGAGAUAGGUAAUUGAAAGAAUAUGGGGAAUGAGUGAAUUUGGGGGGAAAGGAAGGUGGAAAAUAGCUGGCACUUUUCUCUUGUGCCUUGUUUGUUGAGUGUUUUGUUUGUUUUUCAUAUUUUUACUUUUGAGUAUUUACUAAUAAGCAGCAAGUCAAAAACAAAGCAGCCAUUGACCUAAGUCUAAGACAGCAGGAGGAAGGUUAAAGGAAUUAGUCCUAUCCUUCACCGUUGCAUUCAUACUUUGCAUAGUGGUGCUCUUGGCUAAAAGUCUCCAAUUCAAUAAAUAUUUGGCACUCUUUUGAAAGAAUUGCUGUCAUAAUUUCCCCUAUAUACGCAAGUCAGUGAAUUUGACCUUGAAGAAUAGUUGGAUAUAGACUCCUUCCACUGGGCCAAGAUGUGUUACAAAUUUCUGAAUUCAGGUACUGUAAAGUGCUGCGACUAUCGUGCUGCUUUUACAGAGAAAGCUAAAUAAAAAAGGGAGGACUUUAUGGUAAAAAGGACAAAAUACAUAACAACAUUAUUUACAUUUAUUCUGCAUAGCAGAGCGCGUAUUAUGUUAAAUUUUCUCAUUUAUUAUUUUGUUAGACUGAGACUGGUUUCUGUACAUGAGGAAAGAGGUUUCCUAGACAUGAUGGAGCCAGGAAGUGCUGUGCACGUAGUCUGCACCUCCAAUCAUCAGCACUGGAGUUCUUUGCUUAAGAGCUUUAUUUUGCCUCCCUUUGGUUCCAGGAUGGGUAUUAUCAAGAGCAAACUGCCCCCCACCAUAGCUGGCUGGAGUGCUAUAUAGACAGCCCGGUUCUCUCAUCCCUCACUUGCAGAGGCUCUUGAGUUGUAACCUUUCCUAGGCUUUUGCCUGCAGAAUUUGUCUCUAGCUGCCACCCGCCCAUUGUAGCUGGCUGGGUGACACAUCAGUGCUUACUGCCUUCCCAUCCGGACCUCAUUUGCCCACUUCCCACUUUGCAUUCUUCAUAUCCCCCAAGCACUGUUUUGAGAGGGCUCACUGCAUGGAAGCUGGAAGCUGAAGUAUGAGGAAGAUCAUUGUGUUUCCAGUCUGUGAUCUCUCUACUCUGCCAAGAGUGCAAACAGAAAGAGUCAUGGGGUGUCUUGGACCCAGUCUUUUCUUAGGUGUUAGGAACCUAAGUAGAAAUCCAUCCCCAAAUGUCAUUCUGUAGUUCUUCGUCCUCCGUCUCUCACAGGAUGGGCCUUUUUGUCUCUUUUUCUCCACUGAAGUGGUUGAUUGACCCUACUAGGUUUCAACCAUCGUUUCUCUGUAUGGGUCAAGAAUUUCUCCCUCUCCUGUGGGAGAAUGAUCUAGUCUCUCUUUUGGUCAUAGGUUAAUUGUUAAGGAAAAUACGAGAAUAGACAGAAAACUAUUCAUUUGGGUUUCUCUGAAGAUAGUUUUUUCCCCCCAAAAUUUUUUGUUGUUUCCUUUCAUACUACAAACAGUACAAAAAUAAAAAUGGGUCUUGAAUAUUUGACUGUGUAACAUGGUGACUGUGCAGAGGUUCCUACCUAAGUGGGCAGUAGAACAUAAUGCAAUUACCGGACCCUGAUGUAAUGGCCUAAGUCUUUCACAUUAAAUCUUAGUUUCCUUCUAGAGUUUGUAUUACUGUAAAAUUUACUACAAUAAAUCUCCUAAUGUAGUUUCUCCAGGGGUUAUUUACCCAUAAUGUGAAUAUUCUUUGACUCUCUAUUUUGUCUGUUUUCAGUUUUCUUUUUUUUUUGCUUGAAUUUGUUGUAGACUGAUAAAUGGUAGCUUCAUGUGAUGUAUGUCUGCUUAAAACCUCAACUUGAUCUUUUUUUUCCUUCAAUUUGAUCUUGCAUGGAUAAAUAAUGAGAUUUUGUGUCAUAGAACUCAUUGUCAGUUAAAUGAAAUUAGCAGUUCAAGGAACUAAAUGUGGUCCUAGUCUUCUCUUUUGUACAUUCAUAUUUCAAUAAAAUAAUGUAAAAGACAUUGUUCCUCUUUUCAGUUAAAGAACUUUCAUAGCAGUCUAUACUUCUAUUACAAGUAGGUGAGGAAGGUAAUUGUUUGAUUCUUUGUAUGAAAGAGAUUUAAUGAGUAUUCUUAAAAAUUGGGUUUGUGUCUGUGAAUGAACAGGAAAGAGUGUUUCUUCAUGACAAGGGAGGCCUUGGCAAGGUAAUGUUCAAUUUAACUCAUGAUUUUGAUCAUUGAAACAUUCAUGUCUUCUCUAGGUCCAGGGAAACUGUGAAAAAGAAGAGAUUUAGAAAGUUAUAUGGAAAAAAACCAUCUCCCGUCUCUCAAGCAGGGGGAAAAAGAUGGAUUCUUCUUAGAAUUUCUUGGAUUGUCCUAUUUAUGUUGUCAUUUUAGAGAGAUUAAAAUGAACCUUUCCUUACACUGAAGGAAUGGGAAUGUAAAAUAGUACAGCCACUUUGGAAAAUUGGCCAACUGUUUCUUCAGAUGUUAAACAGGUAGUUACCAGAAUACCAUUAUCACUCAACAAUUCUACUCCUAAGUAUAUACCCAGGAGAAAUAAGAACGUGUAUCUGUAACAAAGAUACUCGGCCACCCACAGCCUCAUCAUUCACAGUAGCCAAAAAGUAGAAAAAACUCAAAUGUCCAUAGACUGUCUUUUGGGUACUGGAAAGUUGAACUCAGGACCUCGUGCUUGCCAGGCAAGUGUUGUGCUGCUGAGCUAUAUCUUUGGCCGGAAAUGUUCAUAGACUUGAUAAAUGAAAUGUGGUUUGGCAUAUAAUGGGAUACUCUUUGGCAUAUAAUGGCAUAUAAUGGAAAAGAACUGAGUACUAAUAUGUGUUACAAGAUGGAUGAGCCUCAAAAAAUAUGUUCAGCGAAAAAAAAAAAAAAAACUAGACACAAAAUAACUCAUAUAACUCCACUCAUAUGAGAUAUCCAGAAAAGGCAAAUAUGAAGAGACAAGGUUAAUGAUCACUUAAGACCAGGGAUAGGAGUAAACAGUAACUAUAGUAUGAGGUUUUCCUCUUUUUCUUACCCCUCUCUCUCCUUCUCUCUCUCUGUUUUCUUUUCUGUGCUGAGGAUGAACCCAGGGCUUGCUAACCAAGCUUGCUAACCAAGUUCUCUAUCACUGAGCACAUUUCAGUCCCACUGUUCUUUUUGAGGUGCUGGAAAUUUGUCAUUUUAUGUUCUCAAAGAAUAUUGUGGUGAUGGUUGUACAACUCUGUAAACAUAUCUUUAAAAAAUCAGUGAAUCGUACAAAAAAAAAAACAAAACAAAACAAUAUAAAACUGUCGGGCGCAGGUGCUCAACACACCCCGCCUGGGACGAUAAGACCACGUCAGCUUCCGCAAUGCGCUACGUCCCUCUCUAAAUUAGCCAACCCCUGCGCACCUCGUGCUCACUCCGUAUUUGCCCCAUGCCGACUCUGUGGCAACCCCUGAUUGGCCACAGCUGGAUAUAUUAGCCAGAGCCUGCGUCCCAUUCCCGCCCUGCUUCCUCGUGGCAGCCUGUGAUUGGUCACGGCCGAAUAUAUAAACCAGAGCCUGCGUAAAUAAAGCGGCAGUUACCUGUUACCCACAAGAGCGUCCUCUGUCUCAUUGGGGGGCUGCGCCGGUCAUAAAACAAAACGUAAUAGAGUUCUAAUAUACAAAGAAUCAUAAAAAUGUAAUUGAUAGUGCUUGAUCAAUACAUUCUGAUGUAUAACUGGAAACUUUCUACAAACAAAGCAGGUGCAACAGAAUGCAUACUGAAUUAUUCCUUUUAUAUGAAUUUCUGCAUAGGUAUAACUAAUUACUGGUGAAAGAUCUCCAUCUGGUUGCCUCUGGUUGGGAACUGCAGGUUGUAGGGUGGGGAUAGGAUAUCCCCCCAGUAUUGGUGUAAGGCUCUGUCCCUGUGCAUUUACUGUAACCUUAGACCUGUGUGAUUCCCUGGGUGGAAGUUAUACCCAACAGAGGCAGGAAGAAAUUAGCUAGCCAGUGAAGGCAUGAAACAAAAUUAAAAGUUUGGAAGUGCACUUACUACACAGAUAAAAAUUUAGGACAUGAUGUAAGAUGAACUUUUUAAAGUGUUUUGUGAUGGUGGGCUUGAACCCAGUGCCUCAGGCAUGCUAGACAAAUACUCUCUCCCUCAGCUCCAUGCCCAGCCCUAAAGAACUUUAGUUAGUGAGAGGUUAGAUUUUAAAGUAAUGCCCAGAGAUAAAAACUAGAGCCAUUUAAUUCUUUUUUUUCCCAACUCAUUUUAUUUCAAGAAUAAAAAGAAAGAAAACAACAAAAUUUUGAAACAGGGGCUGGGGAUUUAGCUCAGUGGCAUAAGUGCCUGUCCAACAAGCAGGAAGUCAUGAGUUUGAUCUCUGUACCAGGAAAAAAAAAUUUCAAAACAUAUCAAUCAGGGUAGUGGUAUAUACAUUUCACAUUGUCAUUCACCCGGAGUACCAGACAUCUGCAUUCAGUUUUCUGAACAAUACCAGUAGGAAUCUUUCUCUUCAGAGAAAUCAGUAGUAUAACUAUCUGAACUGUUUAUUAUAUACAUACACAUAUAUGUAUUUUGUUUCUUUUAGCUUCUCACACUAGUGAGACAAUACAAUGUUUACACAUGUGUCUUAUUUCACUAAUGAGUAUGGUCUCAAGUUACAUCUAUUUACCUAUAAAAGUCCCUAGUUUAUCCUUCUUUAUGACUGACUAGUACUUGAUUGUAUAAAAAUACACAUCUUUUUUAUCCAUUCCUCAAUCAAUGGGCAUUUAGGUUGUUUCCAUGAUCUGGUUAUUACAAACAGUGUGCUAUAAAUAUGGGUGCACUUAUAUUGCUGUGGUAUCGAUAUAGGGGAAUGAAACUCCCCAGCUACUAUGUGUAUGAUAGGAGUUCAUAUUCUCUAAAAGUCGAAGAAUGAAUUUUAGGAGCAAUAGAGGUUAAGAGCAGAAAAUAUUUAUUGAGAGAAAAAAAAGCUUCUGUCUGAGAGACAAAAAGGGUCCCAAGCAGGUUGCCAAAGACUAUCUUUUUAGGGACUUUAAAUAUUAAAAUCAUGAGAUUAGAUGCAAUAUGGGGAAAAAAUGGGAAUUUGCAAGGUGGGCAUAAGGUGGGACAGAACUAUGGUCAACCCAUAAGAUUAAUUGUUCAGGUAAAAUUUAUUAAAUUAAGAACAAAUAGAGAAGCCAGUCACAUAGUAAGCAAGAAUGCUUAACAGCAGUGACUCUCCUGGUAGUGGUUAGGAUGCUGACUCCUGACUUCCUCAGGGCGACAGAGAACUAUUUGGAUUACUGGUUGAUCCUUAGGAUGUGGGCUUAUUUGCUUUGCUUUUUGUCUUGAGAUCUGGCCCACAGCGAGAAGUGUGUGUCUCUUCCGAGGCUGCAAGGUACCUGAACUUUUGCACUGGCUCCUUUGAGGGCCCAGCCCUAUCUGACUGCCUAUAAUACUGCUAACUCAGCCGCCUGUGAACCUGGGACUAUAGGUGUGCACUAUCUCACUCUGCUGGAAGUUCAUUUUUUGGGGGGCUGAAUCAUAUUUCAGUACGUGGAUAUACCACACUUUGUUUUUAUCCAUUUACUGGUUUAUGAAAGUGUAUGUUGUGUCUAUCUUUUAGCUAUUGUGAAUGUUACUGUGAACUUGAGUUCAGAUGUCUGUUUGAGGCCCUUUCUUUAGUACCUCAGAGUGGAACUGCUGGAGCAUGUGGUGGUAAUCCCGUUUAGUUUUCGUAGAAACCAUCAUACUGUUUUCCACAGCAGCGGCUAAUCAUUUUACAGAGUUACUGACUAUGAGCAAAGGUUCCAAUUUCUGUAUCUUUUCCAGGACUUUUUGUUUCCAAUUUUUAUUUUUCUCUAAUAAUAGUUUAAAAAAGCUUUUUAUUUAUUUAUCUUUGAGACAGGAUCUUGCUUUGUUGUUCAGGCUGGCCUCAAACUUACGGCAAGCCUGCCUUAUCCUCCAGGGCACUGGCAUUACAAGCAUACAUCAUUAUACCUGGCUAUAGCAUUCUUCAUGAGUAUAGAUGAAGCUACAUCUCAGUGAAGUUUGUUUUUAGGUGGUACUGGGAUUGAGCCUAAGGUCUUUUCACGGUGCUACAUUCUCAUCUCGCUUCCUUUUGUUUUAAUUUUUAAAUUUUGAGAUAGGAACUUGCUAAAUUGUUUCAUUGCCCAGGUUGGGAUCAAACUUGCAGUUGUCCUGCUUCAGCUUUGGAGAGUGCUGGUCAAUGUAAUUUUGAUGUGCACUUCCCUAAUGAUUAGUGGCUUUUUUCUGUGUACAUAAAGGCCAUCUGUGUAUUUUUUUUAAUAGAAAUGUGCGUUCUAUUCCUUUGCUUAUAAAAAAUUAGAGUGUUUACUUUUUGUUGUUGAGUUGUAAUUCUUCAUAUAGUCUAAUAUUUCCCCAUUCUAUAACUGGCCUCUGUAAUCUCUUGUACCCUUUGAUGUACACAAUUUAAAUUUGAUGCAGUACACCUUUUUUUUUUUCUUGUCUGAUUUUGGUGUCAGGUCAAAAGCUUUACUGCCAAAUCCAAUGUCAUUUUUUUCUUUUUUUUCUUCUUCCUAAGAGUUUUACAGCUUUAGCUUUUUUUUUUUCCCACUUCUAUACUAAGUUAUACUCUAGCCCUUUUAGCUUUACCUCUUAUAUUUAGUCCCUUAAUCUAUUUUGAGUUUGCUUUUUAUAUAUAAUGUUAGGCAAGGUCCAGUAUAUUAACUUGCGUGUGGAUAUUCAGUUUCCUUAGGAUCACAUGUUGGGAAAAAAAUUUUCUUUUCCCUAUUGAAUGGACUUGGUACCAUUGUAGAAAAUCAACUGAUUACAUAUGCAAUUUCUGGAUUUUUAUCUUAUCCCUGAUGUUAGAUGAAGAAGAUAAAAAUUCCAGUCUUUAGCUAUUGCAUAUGAUAAUAGCCCUGGAUAUUUCAUAUGUGACUUUCAUUAUAUUAUACUUUAGAGAAGUCUAUAAAAGUAUUAAAAAAGAUACAGGUAAAUAUUUAUAUCAUUUGAGUGAAGGAAAGCAUGACAACCAAAGUCAAACAUUGUAAGGGAAAGAAAAAAAAGGUAGAUUUAACUGAGUAAAAAACUGACAACAUCUUUGUGGCAAAAGUUCCAUAAACUAAAAUUAUAUGAUAAAUGUCAAUAAGAUCCUUAAUGUAAAAAGAGCUAUUACAUAUAAAGAAGGAAACACACAUGUACACACGUGCUUACAUGCGAAAGCAAAAUUGGCACUGGCCAAGCACUUGGGAGCUGAGGCAGAAGGAGCUGGCAACCUGGGCUGUACAGCAAGUUCAAGGCCAGCCUGAACUAUAAGGUGAGAUUCUGUAUCAAAAAAACAAAAACAAAUGUCAAAUUGGCAAAGGAUGCAAACAUUUGUGUGUGUGUGUGUGUGUGUGUGUGCAUAAUGUAUAUGUGGGGAGAACUAGGGAUUGAAUCCAGGGCCUUCACACUGAGCUACUGUACAUCCCAGCCCUUUUCUUUUUCUUUAUUUUUUUAUUUGAGACAGGUUUACCCUAAAUUGCUAUAUUUCCCUUACUGGGCUUGAAUUUGCAAUCCUCCUGCCUUAGUCUCCCAGAGAGCUGGGAUUACAGGCAUAAAUCAGUUACCAUAUCUGGCUUUAACUCUUUUUUUUUUUGAGACAAGGUUUCCUUAUGUAGUUCAGGCUGGUUUUGAACUCACUAUGUAGCCCUGGCUGGCCUGGAACUCUUUGUGAUCCUCCUGCCUCAACCUCCUGAGUGCUAGGAUUAUAGACCUGUGCCACCAUCUCUGGCAUUUAACUCUUAAUGAUGUGCAUAGUGAGCAAUUAUUUACUUCUGGGUUAUUUUGAAAAAGCAAUCAUGUAAGAUGCAGGUACAAGGAUGUUUAUAUAUAUGGAAAAAUUUAUCAUCAACUAUACCCAAUCACCUAUGAGUCCAAUGAAAAUGAUGAUAAAAGUGAUAAAAUAUAUAUGUAAUAUAUUUAUAUUCACAUAUUGACUGAGAAGAUUGCUAAAUAAUAUGCCUAAUACAAUCCUAAUUUUAUUUAUUCACGUUUAAAUAUUGUGUAUGUAUUUAACAUAAUUUGGGAGGGAAUAUCUACAGAAGUAUUAAAAGUAUGUCAGAGUAGUGGGAUUUUAAAUGAUUUAUGUUUUCAUCUUUUAAAUCUUUUUAAGUUAUGAACUUGUAAUCUUGUUGUUGUAAUGGUUUUUGUUAAAAAAGUGACAAUCUUUUUAUUGUAAACGAAUGUUUCCAAUAUUCACUGUUUUAAGUGUACAACCCAGCAGCGUGAAGUAACCAUCACCACUCUCUACAUUUCUGUAACUUCAUCUUCCUAAACCCAGGGUCUCUACCCAUUAAGCAAUAACUGCCCAUGACCCCUCCCCUAGCAAAGACUUUUAAAAUUAGGAAAGCUUUGCAUUCCAUCAUCACAUUCCAUCCCAGGAGGUGUAAGGCCUAGGUUUGAUCCCCAGCAUCACCAAACAGAAAAAGAAACAAAAAACAAAAAAUUACGUGUAUCCAUUAUUUUCCCUUCCCAGCCAUAUAUGUACUCACAAAAAAGAAAAAGAAAGAAAUUGGAAAAAGUUUCAUUGAGAUAACCUUAUUACAUACAAUCUCCCCUCAAACACUUUUGAAGUAUUGUAGGCCUAGUCCUUUUAAUUAGAAGCAUUUUUAUCAGACAUGAAGCACAGUGUUAUAGGUGAGUGCUUUUAAAAUCCCUGGGGAAGAAACAUAAGUGAAUUUUGCACCCCAGAAUCUUUGUGUCUCUAGAUGCAGUUUGAAACCAGUUUUGGGUCGAGAUAAACUCUGGAGCAGGGAUCCGUGAAUAGGUCAACGCCAGAGAGGGGCUGGGGAGGCCCCGCGCAGCUGGACUUCAUUUGGUAGCUUAAAAUUGCCUUUUCUUUUAUUCUCUUAUUCUUGCUACCCCCAUAGAUUCCAGGAAGAAUAGGGAUGUUUUCUGGUACACAUUUGAUUAUAACAGGCCAAGGUCUCUUUGAACAUAGCCAGUAAAGGAAAGCAGGUUCCACAGCGAUCACACUGGGUAAAAUGAUAACAUAAUCUCUGAUUUGUUGUUUGAAUCCUCUUAAUUAUAAUUGUGUGGAAUCAUACAGUGAGACCCUUUGGGAUUUUUUUUAAUGCUGGACUUUUCAAAGCCUACAUUCCUCAUUAGCCCUUCCCAUUAAGGCAUGCUUGAGCGAUGCUACACAGCCAAAUAGUUGGGAUUUUUUCUUCCUCUUGUCACCGUCUGAAGACAAAGGAUUCUUCCGCCUGCCAGAGUGCGGGGCGCCCAGGUUGAGCCGCCCUGACAGCGCCUCGCAGGGAGCUUUUCAUUCUGUCUUCGCGUUGCCGCCAGGCCUCAUUCACUAACCGAGUCCAGGCUGGAGCAGGCAGUGAAGGGGAAAAAAAAAAAUCAAUGGAGAAAAAUCGCACAAGGCAGACACGCUGCCAUGCGAGGCUUUCCCCCCCAGUGCUGAGUCACGCUGCAGCCUGUGCUAAGGCCCCCAAAACUGAACUCUCUUGGUUCCCCACGUCUCCAUGCUUUUGUUAAGGUUGUAUUAUUGCAGCGUGAAAAUGCAGCGCAGUCUUCUCUGGGACAAAGCAAGAGUGAACAAAGGAGCUGAGAGUUCUGCCCUUGGGACCAGUGGAGGGAGCGGUGGCCAUACCAUCGUGCUGGUCACCAGUCUCUCCUAGGCUUUGUCUUCAUCUGGAAAGCAUGGAUGGGAAACCUGAUUGAAGAAGGGGGCAAAGCUGACUUGGUGAGCUCCAAACUGCAAGCUGGGGACGAGGUUGUGCACAUCAACGAGGUGGCGCUGAGCAGCUCGCGGAGAGAGGCUGUCUCCUUGGUGAAAGGAUCCUACAAGACGCUCAGGCUGGUGGUGCGCAGAGACGUGUGUGCGGAUCCAGGCCACGCAAGUCCUGGUGACUCUGGCGCAGAGCACUUCACCGCGGGCCCCCAGCACAGGAAAGCAUCGUGGUCAGGAGGGGUGAAACUCCGGCUGAAGCACAGGCGCAGUGAACCCACGGGCCGCCCUCAUUCGUGGCACACGGCCCAAAUCGAGGAGCACCCAUCAGAAGGCAGCAUGAUGCAGAUAUCUCAGGGCACGAUGAGUGCCCCCUGGCACCAAAGCUACCAUUCCAGCUCCUCGACUAGUGACUUCUCCAGUUAUGACCAUGCUUAUAUGAGGCGGAGUCCUGACCGGUGCAGCUCCCAGGGGAGCAUGGAGAGCUUGGAGCCCAGUGGAGGCUACCCACCUUGCCGUCUUCUCUCCCCUGCCAAGUCCACCAGCAGCAUUGACCAGCUCAGCCACCUCCACAGCAAGAGGGACUCGGCAUAUAGCUCCUUCUCCACCAGUUCUAGCAUCCUAGAAUACCCACCCCCUGGCAUCUCUGGCCGAGAGCGCUCAGGAUCUAUGGACACUCUCACUGCCCGAGGUGGCCUCCUAGAAGGGAUGAAGCAAGCAGAUAUUCGCUAUGUCAAGACAGUCUAUGAUCCCCGGAAGGGAGUCUCCGCUGAGUAUGAGGUGAACUCUUCAGCUGUGCUCUUCCAGGGUAGAGAGUCCCAAAUAUCAGCAAAUGGCCAGGGCAAUGAUGAGAGGCAGAAUAGCGCUUGGGGCAAAGGAGCACCAUCCUCUUCCUGGAGCCAGCAGCGUGCCAGUUCCUUAGAGACUGCCACAGACAACCUGCCACACAAAGUGGGUGCGCCUCUGCCCCCAGCUCGGAGUGACAGUUAUACAGCCUUUCGGCACCGGGAGCGGCCCAGCUCCUUGUCAAGCCUGGAUCAGAAACGGUUUUGCUGGCCUCCAGCACACUCUUUAGGCUCCCUGAAGGCUCCCUUUAUCGAGGAACAGUUGCACACUGUACUGGAGAGGAGUCCAGAGAACAGCCCACCAGUGAAGCCCAAGCACAACUAUACUCAGAAGGCCCAGCCUGGCCAACCUCUGCUGCCUACUGGCAUCUACCCUGUACCUUCCCUGGAGCCACACUUUGCCCAGGUGCCCCAGCCUUCUAUAAACAGUAAUGGAACAGUUUAUCCUGAACUGGCCAAGGAGAGUGCAUACACAGCCUCACAGGAAGCCUGCAGCAGAAUAGAUGCCUUCGAUGAGAAUGGGAACCAGAAUGGAGCCAGCCAGCCUGGAUUUGCCUUCUACCAGCCCCAAGAACAUAAUUCAUUGUUGCCAGUGGAAAGGAAACCAGAAACUACAGCCAAGAAUGUCCCCUACAAAGUCCAUUUUUCUUCAGUGCCUGAAAAUGAAGAGGAUUCCUCCUUGAACAACCGUCUCACACCUCCCCAAGGCAACAGCCCACAUCCUAGUGAGAGGAAGAGUGCUCCUAGCAACAAACUGUAUUCUAAUCAUCACAGCUUCAAAUCCACUCAGGCUCAGGCCUGGCAGGUGGGUGAAGAAAAGAGACAUUCCGGGCCUUUGGAAUCCUGGGAACGUGAUUUUCAGGAAGAUCAUAAUGCCAAUCUCUGGCCAAAGCUGGAGCGAGAAGGCAACUUUGGCAGGGCCAGGUCAGCCUUCUCAUCUCUCCAGAACAUUCCAGAGAGCUUCAGAAAGCAAAGCAGUCUGGAGCUAGGAGGGGGAGCCCAGGUGGGAUCUUCCAGUGGGAGGCCUAACUGUGCAGUCAACACCAAGGUAGAAGGCCCUGAGAGCAAAGGUGACCACACAGGCCACUCAGACAGGCCAGUUUCCUACACUCGGCCUGAUGGGAGAGCCAGUGCAACGACCUCUGUGCACAGUUCAGACCCCCGGUGUGAAGAGCCUCCCAGCCCAGCCCACCAGCAGACUUCUGGCCUGACCACGAGGAGACUCAGUUCAGGCUGCGUCUCAGCCCUACAGGCCUUUCCCACCGGACAGUCUCGUUCCUCAGUGCUGGAGAAAGUUUCCAUGAUCGAGCAGAGAGAGCACAGGGGUCAGAGACUCCCAAGUGCUGGAGGCUCUGCUUUGGGCUAUCACUACAGGCCCAGCGAAGCAGCCCCAACUUCCGGUGCUCCUGGGAAUAACUUCCGGGACACCAACGCAAAGUCUGGCAUCCAUGGCUCCCAGGCAGGAAGUGAUGGUGAUGACGCUGUCAGGGAGUCUGAGUGGGAGACAGCAGGGCCGCAGCCCCGGGGCCCAUGGCGAAGGGGGCCCGUUGAGUUCACACCGCAGCAGGACGCCCGACUGCUUCGCAGCCAGAGUGCUCUGCAGCUGCUGGGCACCAGCACACCUGAGCCGCCCUGCAGCCGCACCUACAGGGACAGCCUCAAGGACGCUCAGUCCCGCGUUCUGGGCGCCACCUCCUUCCGGCGCCGUGACCUCGGGCCCAGUGCGCCUGCGCCUAGGAGGCCAGCAUCAGCUCACGAGGGGCUGCGAGGCGCGGGGGCCUGGGUAUCUCCACACAGCCCGCGGGAGAGGCGCAGCGCUGGCCCCGCUGAGGGGGCCCCAGCCGAGGGCUUUCCUUCUGAGGGUGGCCCUGCCAGGCCUGCACCAGCCCCCCGCCGAGGCCCGCGCCGCCGCCUUGAGCCUGAGCAGAAGGCGCGCUCCUACUCGGAGCCAGGACGCAUGCAUGAGGUGGGCAUCACUGCGGGCGAUGCUGGGCCGCGCCCUGUGCGUGGCCCAUCCGGACCGGAGCUGAAGCGGCUGCAGCAGAACGCACUGGCUGACUACGUGCGGCGCAAGACCCGCGCGCGCCCCGGCCCCCCUCUUGGCAGUGCUGCUGAGCCCUUAGUGGGGGCUCCCCGAGAUCGCAGCAACUCCUUCGCGGGUGGGCGCUUCCUGCGAGUGGACUCCCAGGCUCCACGGACUCCAGGGGAGCUGCUCCGUGCAGCUGCAGCACAUAGUAGGCCGAGGAGCACUCCAGAUGAGGACCACACCCUCAGAGGGCCAUCUUCCCGGGGAGCCCCAGCAGCAAAGUCUGCAUCAGCUGAGGACCUACUGGAGCGCUCGGAAGUCAAGGCGGUUCCUGUCCACACAAGGUCCAGGUCCUCACCCACUGCAGAUAACAGGCACCAGGGUGAGCUGGGGGAAGAUCCCAGUGGCUUUGGUUUUGUGAGGGAUUGGUGUUUCUUGGCUGGCCCUGGACCCAGGUCCCUCAGUUGCUCAGAAAGAGGCCAAGAAGAGAUGGCAUUGCUCAUCCAUCAUCCCACCCCUCAGCGGAAUGGUUUGGGCUGCAAAACACCCUGCAGCUCCUCAGUUCCUCAUGACUCUGCUGGGGCCCCAAACCAUCAGAGGCAGGCCAGCAGAGUUCUGCGCCCUAGGCCACUGCUUCUUGGAGUGCAGGGGCAGUUCCCAGAGGAGAGGGCUGCAUCUCUGGCCCCGCUCAGCUCCCCUCUGCCUUCGCCUGUUCCCUCUAGCUACUGUGCACAACUUACCUCAUAUCAGCAGACUGGAAGGGACAAUCAGGCAGGGCAACAGCCUCUGCCCCCCUACACCCAUGCCAGGACCCAGAGAAACAACGGACACCCCCUGGCCCAGCCACCCAGCCCAAGCAGCUGUGAGUUCAACAGCCCAGAGCAUGAGGGAGGAGCAGGAAUGUGGAAAUGGGUCCCACGGCCUCAGCAGCUGCCACCUCCUCAGAAAAAGUGGGCUUCCACGGCACAGGAGGACAGCUUUCCUGAGGAAGCCUCGUCACCUGAGUUUGUGAACCCAAAGCACUGCAGCAAGCCGCUGAGCCUUCCCAGUCCCUGCAGCACUACAGACCUAGACGCUCUGGGGAGGAUCUCACUGCGAGUAUCUGAGUCCGGUCUGCAAGCCACCCCCCGGCCUCAGGAGGAGAACGAGGAUGAAGUAUUUGUGAAGGACUUAAACCUGAAGGCCACUUCUGACCCCACAUUUGAUGCUCUCCCUCCACCCCCACCUCCACUGAGCCAGGAAGCCCCAGUAGAUAGUUCAGAUGAUUUUCCUCUACCUCCUCCCCAAGCUGAGUUUGAGGCACUGCUAGCCACUGAGGCUCCCGAGGGGCCCAGCCACAGCUCCGGCCAAUUUUCCAGGGUGACAACUGCAAGGGAAAGGCACAUACCUGCUGCAGCCCAUUGGAGAGGCAGCCAGCUGCUUCCUUCCAGUUCCCAAGCUUCUGUCAGAUGUUCAGAGGCCAUUGAGUCCGUCGCACCCUCCUGCAGGGGUGUUCAGCCCCAACUGGCAGGGUCUCCUGGCAAGCAGCCGAGUUUGCCACCUGCUCCUAGUCAGCCCCAAAGCCUCAUCCAUGAGCUGCCUGGUGGAACUCACAAAGUCAGCUCUGAUCCCCAGAAGACCUCAGAAGAUAUCAGAACAGAGGCUCUGGCCAAGGAAAUUGUGCACCAAGACAAAUCUCUGGCAGACAUUUUAGAUCCAGACUCCAGAAUGAAGACGACUAUGGACCUCAUGGAAGGUUUGUUUCCCCGAGAAACUAACUUGCAGAAGGAAGACAGCACCAGGAGGAAGGCCAUGCAGAGGACUCUCAGCUACCCUGCAGGUGAAAGCAAGAGGAGCGAAGACAAGGAAGUGGCAGGCAUGUUGGUCAACUGCCCUGCCUACUACAGUGUGUCUGCUGCCAAGGCCGAGCUCCUGAAAAAAAUCAAAGAAAUGCCAGAAGAGGUGAAUGAGGAAGAGGAGCAGGUAGACGUCAAUGAGAAAAAGGCUGAGCUCAUAGAGAGCCUCACCCACAAGCUGGAGACCCUCCAGGAGGCGAAGGGGAGUCUGCUCAUGGACAUCAAGCUUAACAACGCCCUGGGAGAGGAAGUGGAGGCUCUGAUCAGUGAGCUGUGCAAGCCCAAUGAGUUUGAUAAGUACAGGAUGUUCAUAGGUGACCUGGACAAGGUGGUGAACCUUCUGCUGUCCCUCUCGGGGCGCUUGGCCCGUGUGGAGAAUGUUCUCAGCGGCCUUGGUGAAGACGCUAGUGAUGAAGAAAGGAGCUCACUGACUGAGAAGAGGAAGAUCCUGGCUGGGCAGCACGAGGAUGCCCGCGAGCUGAAGGAGAACCUGGAUCGGAGGGAGCGGGUGGUUCUUGACAUCCUGGCCAAUUACCUCUCCGAGGAACAACUCCAGGAUUACCAGCAUUUCGUGAAAAUGAAGUCAACACUCCUCAUCGAGCAGCGAAAGCUGGAUGACAAGAUCAGGCUGGGCCAGGAGCAGGUCAAAUGUCUGCUGGAGAGCCUUCCCGCCAACUUCACUCCCAAGAUCGGGGCCCUCACAGUGCCCCACGACAUCCCCAAUCAGACGACACCUGUUGGCAGAAGUACAUUCAGUGGUGUGUUUUCAACACUAACCUCUCCACUUUAACCUCUUCUAAAAAUAUCCAACCAAAAGAUCACCACUUCUCUCAACACUAUUUAACCUGAAAAAAUAUUUCACUACAAACCACCAUUCAAACCAUGUGGGUUGUGGGAUUUUCCUGGAUAAAAGGAAAAACAGUACUGUCAGGAAGAAGACUGCUUUUCCUUCUUGCCCUUCAUGAUUGACCAGAAAGCUUAAGUGCUGCUAGAAACUUACCCCUUUCUAUCAUUUGCAGUAGAGAGUUAACAACACUGUGAGAACAGUGGAGUUUACAUGUUAGCAGGCAGAAGCAGCAUGGGUCAGUGUGCGUCACCCUCAGGUAUGCAUCCACAGUGGCCUUCAGUGCUGGUAGGCAGUGGGUCCUGACAGUAGGAUAUAAGAACUAUUAAUGAAGGGUCUGCAACCUAAAGCCUUAAAAAGACAACACACCGAGAAGAGAAUUGUAAAACCUUGAACAUUGUUGUUAUUUAUAUUUUUAAAAAUGAAAAAGAUCAUUAUGUUUGUGUGCUAACCACUUACUUGAUUUUGUUUUAUGGUGGGCGUAGACUGUUAUGUUUGAGCUUUGUAUUUUGUGAAAACCUUAAUGAAGAAUUCCAAAGAUAGUCA